AUGCGCUAUCUCGGUCGAUUCGUCAUUUCGCUAGUCCUUCCAGCAUUUGUAGAUGCAUAUUCCUACGCUUUCCUACGCGAAAAUGGCAACAUUACGGAUCCGAGGACCGUCCGUGUCGAAUAUAACAGCACAGAGCCUAGUUCCUGUCGGGUGAUCAAUUACUCUUUGGAUACCGGAUUGGUAACUGGGAUGAAAUUAUGGACAAACACAGAUCUUGGAAGAGGACCCUGGGCUUUUUUAUUCUACGCCGACUCGCAACAUUGUGACCAUCAUGCGAAUAUACCGGUGUUGGUGGUUUAUUGUAAUAAACCGGUCAAGAAUCCGUUUACCCUCCAGCUAGCGGACUUUGAACCGUUAACAGCGUUGAUGAAAGGUCCGACGGCUAUGAUAUGGAAAUUAAGGUCAUGGGAGGAGAUAAAACCCGGAACAAGGAAAUGGAGGUUAUUCAUCGAGGAUUUGAAUUUAGUACCGGGGCAGAUGGCGUUCGAUAGUACUGGUCGUUGGGGGGAUGAUUUAUUACCCGUUGAUCCCGAAAUAGCGCGGGUGAAGAUGUGGGCUACCCCUACCGAUCGAUUUGAUAGACCGCAGACGGUGUUCAAGGAUUUGAAGGCGAUGGAGGAGAUCCUUGGAGAAGAAUUUGGGUUUGAUAGGUAUAGUAGGGGAAUAGAUGAAGCGCCGUUUUUGACGAAUCAACCGACUACGGAGAAGUGGGCGAGGAUGUUUGCGUUUGGGGAUAUUAAUCCUAGAGAACUUGUGGGGCCGGAUCCGAGGGCUGUGGUUGGACAACCGACGACGGAGAAGUGGGCGGGGAUAUUUGAGAUUGGGGAUGUGUCGGUCCCUGCGGUUGAGGGGUUUGAAGGUCCAGGGUGGGGGGAUGAUAUGGAGUUGGAAGAGAGUGAGGAUGGGUGGAGCAUGGGGACGGUACCUAGGAAUAUGAUUGAUCAGAAGCUUGAAGGUGGGGGGUUGGAUGGGAGCAUUAGACCGGAGCAUGGCUCGGAAGAUGAAGUUCCUGUGGAGAUAAAGAUUGAAAAUGAUGAAGUGGAUUGGUUUAGUGAUAAUCAAGAGGGCUCGGAGGGACGUAAUACACCGCCGUCGAAUCUGAACAUUCCUGGACCAGGAGGUAUUAAUCCCACCAUCGAAAUUGAGAGAAAGAAUGAAGAACCGGUAGAUGCAAAGGAAGAGCCACUCAGCAUAAUGGCAGAGCGAGCACGAAGCGCGAUAUCAGAACCAGUGGAGAAGAUAGAAACGACAUCAGAACCGAUUGAAGUGGUUGAGGGAAAUCAAUACCUUCUUCCAGUCGAAGAAGUUGCAAACGAAGUUGAUUCGGAAAAACAAGAUUUCCCUCAAAGCGGAAUCGAAGAGGAAUCCCCCAAUUCCGCCGACAUGGAUUAUCAAAGUAUCAUCAGUGAACUUAUUGGUUCCAAACCAAGUCGACCUUUACGCGAGUUCACGUCAAUACCGCUACAAGCCGUCCCUGGUCUGGGGAAAGCUAAUCAAGGGUUUGCAAUUGGUUUAUCAGACCACCUUCAACGACAAUAUGCAAUCGCAGACCAAGGCAUUAGGGAACUAGGACGCAGCGGAUGGGACUGGAACAAUAAGCGUCAAAUGGGAAGAAUAAUAAACGAACUAACAUCGUCACCAGAGUCGAGGAAAUCGACGGCAAGGAAAAGACUAAAGAAACUACCGAGAUGGAAGAAGACGCAAUCAUCUUUAGGAGAAAGAUUGAUGUAUCAGAUUGCUGCAGCUGAUGAUGGGGAGGAGCAGGAAUCUCUUUUUGAAGAUGAAUCGCCUAGGACGGCUCGGAGAGGGAAAACUCUGAAGAAAUCGCAGCAAGAGAUUGUAGAUCUGCUUGUGCCUCCAUCUAAAGGGAAUGUAAAGAAGACUAAGACCCAAUAA